CAGUACAACACCAAUGUUGUCUUUGACAUUGAGGGGAAGCUGGUGGCCCGUUACCACAAGUACAACCUGUUUAGAAGAGAAACUCAGUUUAAUUACCCAAAAGAGCCAGGAGCCAUCACCUUUGAAACCCCCUUUGGGAAGUUUGGCAUUUUCACGUGCUUCGACAUCCUUUUCCGUGAGCCUGCCGUGGUCCUGGUGAGCGAGUUGCAGGUGGACACUGUGCUCUUCCCGACGGCUUGGAUGAACGUCCUGCCGUUUCUGACUGCCGUUGAGUUUCACUCUUCCUGGGCUAUGGGCAUGGGUGUCAAUUUGCUUUCAGCAAAUACCCACAACAUGAGCUUUGCAAUGACAGGCAGUGGGCUGUUCACGCCGGAAGGACCUGCCGCCUACCACUACGACAGCGAGACAGAGGAGGGACGUCUCCUGGUAGCAGAACUGAGCGCACGCCCUCGUCUUUCCCCCACCUACCCCCCUGCUGUCAACUGGAGCUUGUAUGCCACAAGCAUCAAGAAAUUUCCAGAAGAAGACACUUUUUCGGCAGCUGUCCGGCGGGAUAUAUUCACUUUCAGUGCACUCAGGCGAAAAGCUGGAAAUUACACGGUUUGCCAAGGAGACCUCUGCUGUCAUUUGAUCUAUCGGAUGCCAGACAAGAGCAAAGAUGAAGUUUAUGUCCUGGGUGCAUUUGAUGGUCUUCACGGUUCGCUCAUAAAAUACCAUUGGCAGAUAUGUACGCUGCUCAAGUGCCAGAGCACAGACCUGAACACAUGUGGACAGCCGGUAGAGACAGCUCAGACCAAGUUUGAGAUGUUCUCCCUCAGCGGCACCUUUGGCACCAACUAUGUCUUUCCAGAAGUCUUGUACAGCGGGGUGCAGCUGGCCCCCGGGGAGUUUGAGGUGCUACGUGACGGACGUUUGAAAAGUAAACAUGGCACAUCAAAACCGCUUGUAACAGCGACGCUUUUUGGAAGGCUUUAUGAAAAGGACCUGCCACAUCCUCUGCGAACCUCCCCACAACGUAACGCCUUAGGAGACACACAGUCACCAUAG